GGGUGAAAUGGGAACUUGCUGCGUGUGGCCGUCCAAACCACAUGCCAUUUCAUUGGUUUUUCCAGUCGGUGCCUGAAAUACAAACACCAUACAAUACAACAUCACAAAACAUCGAGAAACUUCCCAUUUUUUCUCCUAUCCAUUAAAUAAGUAAUUCGUAAUUCCUAAGGGUCGAGUAAUUUGAGAAAAUGGCGUCGUUUAAUGAGGCACCUCCUGGAGAUGCAAAAGCCGGUGAGAAGAUUUUCAAGACCAAAUGCGCCCAGUGCCACACCGUCGACAAAGGCGCCGGCCACAAACAAGGUCCGAAUUUGAACGGACUAUUCGGGAGGCAAUCUGGCACCACUCCUGGUUAUUCAUACUCUGCUGCCAACAAGAACAUGGCUGUUAUAUGGGGAGAGAGUACUCUCUAUGAUUACUUGCUCAAUCCUAAGAAGUACAUUCCUGGAACCAAGAUGGUCUUCCCCGGGCUGAAGAAGCCCAAGGAGCGUGCGGAUUUAAUUGCCUACCUCAAGGAAUCUACCGCCUGAAUAUAUUUAUUUUUCUCACUGAGUCUUCGAAUUUCUUGCUUUUGGAAGGUAUUAGACAUUACUUUCCAACUCAGGAUUCUUCUUUUUCCUUUCUUUGUAGAGAGAAGUGGCUUGAGUGAUACAUCCGUACCAAAUAAGGGCAUCGGAACUUUUAUGUUGCGAACGACUUAUUUUUUAUUUUAUUGCCUUGUAAGUUGUAAUAAUUCAUGAUACUCUGUCUGCCAUUGAAGAGUCGUAUGACACUUAUGAUUGUCGUUAGUUGAUUUGGCUCGUAUUUGACAUUCUAUGUGGCUCUCGUGUGUGGUGUCGCAUUUUGAGGUAGCAAAUUUGUAAUGUUGGUGCAGAGUGAUUAUUGUGGUUUAUAUGUUGGUGAUGAGCCAAAUGUUAAUUAGAUUCAUGGCUCAUUGAGCCUAUCUGAGGCUAUCCAUGCAUGACAGGCUAGCCUGAUGAAAACUGAAAAGGAAA